UUCUCAGAACAGAUAAUGUCUGUGGACAAAUAUCCAAGCAUGUUUUCUUGCCAAAUGGAGGCUAUUGCUUAUAUAACCCUUGUAACCACUGGCAAUACUUAACAGGAAGCCAUCUGGACCAAGAAUGCCAUCUGCUCUGGUGAAGAGUAUUUUCCAGCAUUUCUCCAAAGCAAAGCUGUCUAAAGAAGCUCUUCAAGUUGUUGAAAAUGGGUCAAACCUGUUUUUUAAACAAGUGUCUGGUGACUUAAUGGCCUACUGUCGGCACGCUCAUAGAACAACUAUUGAACUUGCUGAUGUGGAACUCCUCAUGAAAAGGCAAGGCUUCAUAACAGACAAUCAGUCACUGUACUCACUAGUUGAAAAGUAUCUUCCACUGGAAUACAGACAAGAAAUCAUACCAACAGUACAAGCUGGGAACAAGAUAGUUCUAAAAUAAAACUUAAUGUAGGCUUAAACUGUGGCCUUGCACCCGAAACAUGGAAGCACACAAUACAAAGAAUGAACUUGCGUACGUGGCAAUCCGGCAUAAAAUACCGUAUGUGAGAAAUCCAAAGAAACGUAUACCGUAGUUCAAGAGUUGACAAUAUUAUACUUGGAGAAAAGAAGAGCUGAAGCUCACCCUAGCUUUCUGGCAAUUCACAAACAGUAGAUAAUAUUCUAAUUCUCUUGGCAGGACUCAUUAUGGGACUAUUAAAAUGUGGAGGAAAGUUGUCAAAUUCAGUUGACAAUAUUUUUUUAACAUAUGCCUCCUCAUACCCUUCCUUUGCAUUUUACAUAAUUAUGUAGUUCCAGAUCUGCAUAGGCAUAUGAUCU